CGGCGGCCGGCGGCUGGUUCCUGGAGCGGGCCUCGGCGGGGGGAGGGGCCGGGGCAGCAACCGCCGCGGGCCGGGGGCGAUGGUGGCGGCGGCGCCAUGAUCAUAGAGAACGUGGAGGCGCUCAAGUCCUGGCUGGCCAGGCUGCUGGAGCCCAUAUGUGAUGCAGACCCGUCGGCUUUAGCCAACUAUGUUGUGGCGUUAGUUAAGAAAGACAAACCAGAGAAAGAGCUGAAAGCUUUCUGUGCUGAUCAGCUGGACGUCUUUCUGCAAAAAGAAACUUCAGGUUUUGUAGAUAAACUUUUUGAAAGUCUGUACACAAAGAGUUACCUUCCUUCUCUUGAACCCACGAAAGUAGAAGCGAAGCCUGCAAGUCAGGAAAAAGAAGAAGUCAAGGAGGAGAAUUUUCAAGAAUCAGUUGAAGAAGAGCGGGAUGGCAGAAAGAAGAAACAUUCUAGUCCACAGAGAAGCCGUGCAGAUUCCAGUGAACAAAGAACCAGAGAGAAAAAGAGAGAUGAUGGAAAAUGGAGGGACUAUGACAGAUACUACGACAGGAGUGACUUGUACAGAGACAAGUCCAGCUGGCGACGAGGCAGGAGUAAAAGUCGUAGUAAAAGCAGAGGGUUAAGUCGAAGUCGUAGCCGCAGUAGGGGUAGAAGCAAAGACCGCGAUUCGAGCAGAAAUGUUGCAGAGCACCGUGAGAGAUCAAAAUUCAAGAGUGAAAGAAAUGAUGUUGAAGGCUCAUAUAAUCCAGUUUCUGUGUCUCCAAGUAACUCUACUGAACAGUAUUCUUCUGCACAAUCUAUUCCCAGUGCUGUUACUGUAAUUGCACCUGCGCACCAUCUGGAAAACACAACAGAGAGCUGGUCAAAUUAUUAUAACAAUCAUAGCAAUCCCAGUUCAUUUGGCAGAAACCCUCCACCUAAAAGAAGAUGUCGAGAUUAUGAUGAGAGAGGGUUUUGUGUACUUGGUGAUCUUUGCCAGUUUGAUCAUGGAAACGAUCCUUUAGUAGUAGAUGAAGUUUCCUUGCCAAGUAUGAUUCCUUUUCCUCCACCACCUCCUGGACUUCCUCCUCCUCCUGGUAUGCUUUUGCCUCCGAUGCCAGGUCCAGCUCGCAGUAUGAGGAUGCCAGUACCACAAGCUCAUCCGCAGGCACCACCUCCUGUUGUGCUUCCUGUACCAAGACCACCUUUAACACAGUCAAGUUUGAUAAAUAAUCGUGACCAGCCUGGGACAAGUGCAGUGCCCAGUCUUGCCUCUGUAGGAGCAAGGCUACCUCCUCCGUUACCCCAGAACCUACUGUACACAGUAUCAGAACAUACAUAUGAGCCAGAUGGCUAUAACCCUGAAGCUCCUAGUAUUACCAGUGCUGGUAGAUCUCAAUAUCGACAGUUCUUUACAAGAGCACAAACGCAGCGUCCAAAUCUAAUUGGCCUAACAUCUGGGGAGAUGGAUACAAAUCCAAGAGCUGCCAAUAUUAUCAUCCAGACUGAACCUCCCAUUCCCAUUACGAAUAAUAGCAGCAAUGUAACUAGAGUUGUGCUUGAACCAGACAGCAGAAAACGAUCUCCAAGUAGCAUGGAAUGUCCACCACUGAAGAAACCAUGGUUGGGAAAGCAAGCAAAUAACAACCAGAAUAAGCCAGGAUUUUUGAAAAAGAAUCAGUAUACUAAUACAAAAUUAGAAGUUCGGAAAAUUCCACCAGAACUGAACAAUAUUACACAGCUCAACGAACACUUCAGUAAAUUUGGAACUAUUGUAAACAUUCAGGUUGCUUUCCAGAAUGAUCCUGAAGCUGCACUAAUUCAGUACUUAACUAAUGACGAGGCCAGGAAGGCAAUUUCAAGCACAGAGGCAGUUUUAAACAAUCGGUUUAUAAGGGUGUUGUGGCACAGAGAAAGUGAACAGAAUCCCCCAUUGCUGCAGCAACCACAGCAGCAGUCGCCCUCACAGUCUCUUCAUCACCAGCUUCACCUUCAGCAGCAAGCCCUGACCACGCCUCCAGCCGUAACGAUGCAUAGCAAUAUGUCAAAGGCGAUGAAUAAACCGCUGGCCUCUGGUGCCUAUGUCCUUAAUAAAGUCCCAGUGAAACGUCGCCUUGGAGCAGCAGGUGGAAGUCAGUCUGAUUUAAGUCAGUCUGGGGCUGUAGUAGAGGAUUCUCAGACGUUUCCUACUUCUACAAGCCACUCAAAAACGGUUUACAGUACUUCAAAUUUAAAGACAGCUAUGAAGCCAGGUGCAGGGUCUAAACCUCAUGAUGUGCAAGAAGCUCUUAAAAAAAAACAACAGGAGGCAAUGAAACUCCAACAAGACAUGAGGAAAAAGAAGCAGGAGAUGUUAGAAAAACAAAUAGAAUGUCAGAAGAUGUUGAUAUCCAAGCUGGAGAAAAAUAAGGCUAUGAAACCAGAAGAGAGAGCAGAAAUAAUGAAGACCUUAAAAGAACUAGCAGGAAAAAUAUCUCAAUUAAAGGAUGAGUUAAAAACUUCAUCUGCAACCUCUACACCAUCAAAAUUAAAGUCCAAGACAGAGGCACAAAAGGAACUUCUAGAUGCAGAACUGGACUUCCAUAAAAGACUUUCCUCUGGAGAAGAUACAACUGAACUGCGAAAAAAGCUAAACCAGUUACAAGUAGAAGCUGCCCGUUUAGGUAUCUUGCCUGUUGGUCGAGGAAAGACAAUGCCCGCUCAAGGAAGAGGACGAGGGCGGGGUCGUGGUGGGAGAGGAAGGGGCAUGUUGAAUCACAUGGUGGUAGACCAUCGUCCCAAAGCACUAACAGUUGGAGGAUUUGUUGAAGAGGAAAAAGAUGAAUUGUUACAGCACUUCUCUAAAUUUGGAGAUAUUGAAGACCUUCAAGAAGAGGAUUCCCCACUAAGUGUUGUUCUAACUUUUAAAUCUCGCUCUGAAGCUGAGAAUGCUGCUAACCAGGGAUCCCGGUUCAAAGACCGAAGACUACAGAUAUCAUGGUACAAACCUAAGGUACCCUCUGUGUCAACAGAAAUUGAGGAAGAGGAGCCUAAGGAAGAGGAGACUGAAACCUCAGAUUUAUUUUUGCAUGAAGAUGAUGAUGAUGAUGACGAAGAUGAGGAUGAAUCCCGUUCUUGGAGAAGAUGAAACUUGAUGUUGGAAAUGUAUAAUUUUAGGAAUAUAGUUCAAGCUAUAUCUUUUAAACAUUUAUUUAAGAAAGUUGAUGAGCCAAAAAAAGCUUUACUUUCUUUUCAAACCACAAGAUUUAAAGUGAGCAAAGUUUGUUAUAAAAACAUUUCAGAUAAGAGCUGUGAUGCCAAGCUAGCCAAAGGCCCAGUAACUUUUUACAGAAUUAUCAAGUUCACCGGGGUGGUGAUUCUUUUCUAUUUAAGAAGGUUAAAAAGAGAGAAAGAAAGUGAAUAUUAGUAUUUUCCUGUCCUCUUUUCGUGUCACCUGUAUUACCUUGUUUUGUUUUUUAUAAUGUGAUUGAUUUGUUAGCUUAUAAUUGAAAAGAUGUUACAGGUUUUAUUUAGCAAUAUUAUAGGCUUGGGGGAAAGACACAAACUUUCAUUAAAUGUUAUGAAAGAAAAAAAUGCCUCAUUUACUAAUUGAAAAAAGGUAGCAUUUUAUUUCAUAUGCAAUCACUCACUGUAGAAAUUAUUUGUGGCUAAGUUCAUCCUUCACUUAUUUAAGGAUGUUUGAAGGCCACACAGUUUCUAUAUUCUGCUUUUUGUGAGAGGAGAUGGAAAAAGUAAUUCAACAGGUUACUACUAUAAUAUUGUCCAGUUCACUCUGUUUCUUCAAAUCCUGCUUCACAAAAACAUCAGCAAUGACACAGAUUUGAGUGAGUGUUUGAGAUUUCCUUCUGUAGUUUCAGUGUAGUGUUCGAAUUUAAAUUAUACUAUUCAUCUAUUGCAUCUCAGUAUUUGUGAAUGUAAUGUUUUAUGCUUUCCCCAAAAAGAACGAAAUUGGCAACUGCUCACCAGCCAUUAAAAACUCUUCUUCCUUCCCUUCCCUAUCUUAUUUAUGUUCAAGCCAAAUCAGUAAAGUGUUCAGAGCAAAAUACUUUUUAUCCAAAAAAUGUCAGUCUGCUGCUCAGUAAGCCUUCAGAGUAGUGUUUAGACCUGGUUUGGGAAUGUUAACCAUUUAUCUUCAAGUAUAGAUUUGUUCAGACACAUUUAAGGUAAAUACCAUUAACAUCCUCAGUUGCCUUAUCACUUUACCAUUUAAAAAAAAAAGGAAAAAGCAAACACACACCAAAAAUGGUGUAUAAUAAUAGAAAUUAGUAUAACAAGUUUAGAUACUUAAGCCAUGUAUCUUAACUGUUACAUGGCUUUUGCAGUUCAUGAGCAUGUGUUAUCUAGGAAGUGUUUUCCUUAACUCUCUGCAUUUGUACCAUACACUUUUCAGUAUAUUUUUAUUUACUUUUCUAUACAAAAUAAACUGAAUGUCAGUGCAAAAAUGUGCUCCUCUUUUGAAUAGUUUACCAGAAUAUUUGUCAGCAAGUUCCCAACUGAAGAAAAAUUUGCAUCAAGACCUCUAAAUUUCAGUGGCUCUGGACUUAGCUAAUGACAUGUAGUUGAGCAUGUCUUUGAGUUCACUGUUCCCCUGUUACCAUUUUGCUGUGGUGGAAUAUUAAAAAUCAAAAUAGUAUUUUUCUUUUGUUUCCUUGUCAGUUGAAGGUAAUAUGCCUUUCAGUAUUCUUCCUCUUCACGUUAAAACCUCUUUAUAUAAUUAGGACUUUCCUGCUAAUAUUGAGGCUAAAUUACAUACAUGAAGAAACAAGGGAAAACCAAUUCUACAUACUUAGAAUGUCUUGAUUUUUCUCCCAGUAUCUCUACUGUUUUUUUAAUGUCUGUGGCUCAGUCAGUGUAUAUUUUGAAAAAUCCGUUGCAGCAACCAUAUUUGAGUCCUGACAGAUUAAAAAUGAUAGAGGGAACAAAGGAUUUAUAUAUUUUUUUGUACAGAGUUUUUUCUUAAACUGUAUAAUUUUGUAAAUAUUUUGCUUUUUGUGUACUAAAACUACCAGCGUAUAGAUUUCAAUAAGAACUGUUGUAUUUUUGUAUUUGGAAAAUGAAAAUUACAGUGAAUGAAUGAAGCUGUAAGAAAAAUUGCAGUAGCCUUUGACACGCAUAGAAUGGGAUUCCUUUUCAUAUGGUUUUAGCUCUAAAAUGACACCUGAUUGGCACACUGUAUUCAGGGACACUUGCCCUUUCCCACACAUGCUGGCUUUUCAAGUUGGGCAAGACAGGAAGUAAGUGACUGUGGUAGCUUUAUUUAAUGAUUUUUGAAGAGCUUCACAUGAUUACUUUUUUUUUUUCCCUUUAGAGUACACAUUGGCAGGCUUACAUAAAUCCUCAAGUGACAUCCCAAACAUGAUUUGUAAAUGCUGAGGCACAAAAAUGAGUUGUGCCUCUGAACUUAGCUUGUGUAUUGAAAGCAUGCUAUUAUAUUAUUGGGGAUUUAAGUGAUGGGCAGCAUAGCAGUAUCUGACUUGUGCUGUUUAAGGAGUAGGAAAGAUGUUUGAAAGUGACCUUCAUUUUGCCAAAGCUUAUCUCCCUGUACCUUAGGGUGUAUGUACUAGGCAAUAUUAAACUGUUCUGGUUUUUUGCGUGUGUUUUUUUAGUUUAAUAGGUAACAUGACAGUACAGCUUGCUUUAUGGUAACAUUUUAUUGUGAAAUUAAUGAACUUCAGAGAGUACGUUAGAUAGAACUUAUAAUCAACAGUGGAACUUCUGUACACCAGCAAGUGUAUUUACAGGAAAUGUAUAAUAAGAUGUUACCAGUAUAAGCAUAGUCUAUGAACAUUGAAAGUGUAUGUGAUAGGAAAAGAAAUUAACUGUUACGUAGAAUUAUACUUACCUCCCUUUCAUUGAUUAAUUAAGCUAAGCAAAAAGAACAACCCAACAGUUAAGAGGAUAAAUAUGAAAACAGUUGCCUGCUUGUUGUGGAAAAUACAACACUUUUUUUCCCUUAGCAAAAUCAUGUGAAAAGGAAUAAAGUUCCUCUUGGUGUAUAGUAAACUUGUACUAUAGUUUUUACAAAAUUGUGAACUUGUGUAAUAGUAUAAUAGGAGAUAUUGUUGAAUUUCUAACUGUUUAUACAUUUAAAUUCAUAUAUGUAAUGUUUGUUUUAUUGAUUACAAUCUGAAUUUCUAAGAUGCAUGUUGAAUUUUUGCAAUAAAGAUAUACCAUGGAAUGGUUCAAGAUUUAGAAAAAAUGAAAACUAACUUAAAUAAAUUGGACAGCAGAACCAUUCAAAAAAAAA